UGAUUGAUCAUUUCACAAACUCCAAAGCUCAAAAAUAUUGUUCCUGCUAUGGAUGAAGUAGGUUUGUGCAGAUACUUCAUUUGUGGAGGAUUCGGUGGAAUUUGCUCCAUUCUGAUUGGCCAUCCAUUCGAUACGAUCAAAGUCAGACUCCAAACAAUGCCUCUUCCUAAAACCGGAGAAACAACGCAGUACAAAGGCACACUGGAUUGUUUCAGAAAAACAAUGAAGCAAGAAGGAGUCCACGGUUUGUACAAGGGCAUGGGAGCUCCUCUUCUAUUCGUCGCUCCUUGCUUCGCAGUGUCCUUCAUGACCUACGGCUUAGGCAGGCAACUCUUCGAAUCGCCCCACUGGAAAGACAAACAACUCCAUUACCUGCCCUUCUUCCUCGCUGGAGCAUUUUCCGGAAUAUUCACUGCGAUGCUAGCACCCUGCGAGAGAGUGAAGUGCUUACUGCAGGUGCAACAAGGAUUGCUGGAUAAGGAGAGAAUCUACAAAGGUCCUGUAGACUGCGUGAAGAAACUUUACCGGAAAGGAGGUAUCCUGAGCGUGUACAGAGGCUUCACAAUCACCUUGGUUAGAGAUGUGCCUGUUAGUGGGGUUUAUUUCUUGACGUACGAGGUGAUGCUUGACUUUAUUGGACCAGAGACAUCGAGUUAUUUUAGAACAAUUCUUGCUGGUGGCUGCGCAGGAUUGUCUAUUUGCUUAGUGGGGGUACCACCUGAUGUGUUGAAGAGUAGGUUGCAGGCAGCGCCUGAUGAGACUUACAAAAAUGGAAUGAGAGAAGUAUUCAGUCGGCUGAUGAGAAGUGAAGGUAUAUUGGCUCUUUACAAAGGAUUGUCUCCAGUUUUGAUGAGAGCUUUUCCCGCAAAUGCUGCAUGCUUCUUAGGGUUCGAGAAGUGUAAACAGUUUUUGGAUUAUGCAUUAGGACAAGAUAAUGUUUGUAGAUAAGUAUUUG